GUUGAGGCAGCAUGAGUCUUCGCAGUGGCAGUGGUGCGCGCGCUCGGGGUUGCACGCUCGAGCAUCAGGUGGUUAAGUGGUAAGUGCAACAAGAGGAACACUCGUGAAUGUCCCGGGACUGUUGCAUCUGCAAGUAGCACGAGGGAAUAGCAACACGCUGUUGCGCAUUCGCCCGGCCGGCCGUCGGCAGCGGCAACACGACAAUAAAUAGGAAGCUACAUCGCCUUGGACAGCAGCGUGGAUUGGCAGAGCGUGGGAAGUGCCAGUGUGCUUGGGAAAAACGGGCAGUCGCCGUCGGCCGCUCUUGCUGCUAGGAAGUUUACUUCGUCGCUAACUUCUAGACCAGACCGGAUGGCCAAGACCCGCAGCUCUGGGGAUUCGGACGAGCGGCCAGCCUCGCCAACGCCGCCGACGCCGCCGCCCGAGGAAGCCGCCGUCCUCAUCCCCGACUUCGACUCCGUCUUCGACUACAUCGGCGGCUUCGGAUGGUACCAGUCAAUCCUCUUCGCCGCCACGUGCUACCUCUGCGUCCUGUGCUGCUGUGUGUACUUCGGCCAGCUGUUCAUGACGCUGACGCCGCCCCACUGGUGCCGCGCCCCUCCGGAGCUCGAGGCCCUCAACCUCACGCAGGAGGAACUCAAGAACCUCACCAUCCCCAGGCACCCCAACGGAAAGGAAUUCCUCGCCUGCCACAGAUACGAUGUCAACUUCACGGAGGUUCUGGAGAGUGACACGCCCUGGCCCGACCCUUCAUGGCCCCUCGCCCCCUGCACCCACGGAUGGACCUAUAAUUAUUCUUUCUAUUAUCCGACCAUCACCUCUCAGCUGGACUGGGUGUGCGACGAGGACUGGCGUCCGGCGCUGGCGCAGUCGCUCUUCUUCGUCGGCUCCAUGGUGGGCACGCCCACGCUGGGCUGGGCGGCCGACGCGUGGGGGAGGCUUCCGCUCAUCGUCUUCACCAACGUCCUGGGGGGCGUCGCCGGCGUCGUGUCUGCGUUCAGCAACUCGUUCGCCAUGUUCGCUGCGCUGCGCUUCCUGGUGGGCUUCACGUUCGAGCAGAUGCUCAUGAUCGGAUACAUGCUCACGCAAGAGUAUGUUUCGAGCGAGUACAGGACGGUGAUGGCCAACGCGCCCGUCAUGGUGUUCCUGACCGGCUCCAUGUGCGGGCUGCCGUGGCUCGCCUGGUGGCUGGCCGACUGGUCUACCUUCGUCCUGGUCAUCCACGCGCCACAGUUCCUCACCAUCGUCUUCCUAUGGGCUCUGCCGGAGUCAGCGCGGUGGCUGCUGAGUCGCGGCCGAGUGGACCGCACGGUGACCAUCCUCAAGACCGUCGCCAGAGUCAACCGGAAGCCGCUGACUCCUGCCGUCAUUCAGGGAUUUCAGGAUUUUGGCGAGAAGCAGAGGAAGGCGUCUCACCAGAAAGUGACAGUCCUCGAUCUCUUCAAAACGCCGAUUCUCAGAAAACGGUUCAUCGUCCUUAUUAUCAUGUGGUGCACCCUGUUCGUGGCCUACGACGGCCACACGCGCAACACGGAGAACAUCGGCCACAACGUGUUCGUGAGCUUCACCAUCGCCGGCCUCGUGGAGCUUCCGGCGGAUUUCGCGACCAUGCUGGCGACGGAGUGGCUAGGGCGCCGCCACACCACCGUCGGCUCGCUCGUCCUCAGCGGUCUUGCCGGCCUCUGCAUCGCCUUCAUUCCGGAAGACGACACGAUCGCCAUCAUGGUGGUGGCCUUCAUAGGGCGCUUCCUCGUCACGAUGUCCAUGGAUAUUGGGCAUCAGUACCCGGUGGAGGUGCUCCCGACGGUGGCCCGGGGGCAGGGCAUAGGCGCCAUGCAGACUGUGGGCUUCCUCUGUGGCUUCAGCUCGCCGUAUAUUGCUUAUCUGUCCAAAUACGGUCCGUCGGUUCCCUACGUGGUGCUGGGCGUAAUCACGGUCGCGGGCGGCUUCGUGUGCCUCCUGCUGCCCGAGACGCUGAACGAGAAGCUCCCCGACACCCUGGAGGAGGGGGAGCUGUUCUUCGCCAACCAGGGCCUCUUCCACAACCCCUGCGGAAGGAGGAACAAAAUCUCCGCUGGCGACGCAGGAACGAUCACCGCGCCAUCUGGGAGCAAAGAGAAAAAUGAAAGUUGCGUGAAGUGAAUAUUGCGACCUUUGAGAGUUUUUUUUUUCACAUAGGAGAGGUGAAAAUCGACGAGAAAUGCUGAUGUUGCGUUGAAAUCACUAUUACAUUGCGUGGGAUUUUUUUUUUUUUUUUUUUUUUUUU